AAAGGUGAAAUGAUAGGAUCUCAUGUGAAAAAAGCUAAUCAUCUCUCACACUUGUUUGAGUGAUUUUUAUAUGACUACCGUCAAUUCUUGACAACAGGAGAGAGGAGAUUAUCGGUGUGCUGAUAAGAUUUGCCGGCUUGAUUAUUUUCUGCAAAUGGAAACAUAUUGUAUAGUCUUUCUUGCAAAAAAUCGGCUUCAGAGUUCGCUUUUGGCAAGACACUCAGAUGCACCCUUUGGACAGUGGCUUUAGGGGUUCUGGAUAUCACUGGGCACCAACACGUAUCGCAGAACGCCACGAACACCAUUGCACUCUUUGGCAUGAUCUAUCAAUUUACACCUUUGAUAAGGGCAGUGGAAAGUGAUUAAUGAACCCAUUGGGAGGUUGAUAACACUCUUUUUCUGGCUAUUUAAGGAGGAACUCUCCAGCUGAGUUCGCUUUUUGUUUGAGAGUUUGUUCCCGACCAGUGUCUUCGUCCGAGAGAGUCCAAGAUGUCCUUCAAGUCUGAUGAAGUCUUUGAGAAAAUCAAGGUUCGCAUCACUAAGAUCGAUCCUGCCAAUCGUCAAGUUGAGCACGUUUACAAAUUCAACAUCACCAAGGAUGGAAAAGUUGCCAAGACCUGGAGUAAGUUGUCCUUUUUCACUGUGCACAAGAUCUGCUUUUAUCCAAACUUUGAACUUUCAGUUCUCGAUCUGAAAAAUGUGAAGCUCUUCCCGGGUGACUCACCCGAUGUGGAGUGCACUCUCACAAUGUCCGAUGAUGACUUCUAUGCCAUGGGAACUGGAUCCCUUCCUGCCAAGGACGCCCUCGCCCAGGACAAACUCGACGUGGACGGAGACAUUGAAUUGGCCCUCAAGCUCUCUCCCUUCGUUUCCUCUCUGUAAAUCGUUGCACAAUUUAAUUCAUUCUAAAUAAAGAAAAACGCGAUAAAAGCCACCUCUGUUAUUCACGAAACGACGGGGGGAUUUCGCUGCUCCUCA